AUGGUUUCGAUAUGGGUUUUCAAGCGUGAUCGUUUCAGAGAGCGUCGUCGCGAACAGCUGCGCAAAUGCGACGAGCGAGAACGAUCGUUGCCGCCACCCAGACCACGUCGUCCUCGGUUGCGAUUUUCGCCUGAAGUUGCGCUGCUCGAAGCGACUGGGCGAGCGGAUGCCGCUGAGGUGAAAAAUGUGAUUUUAGUUGAGCGGUUGCUUCGCGAAGGUGCAAAUCCAAACUCGCAUAACGAGGAUGGUCUCACUCCGUUGCAUCAAUGUGCUAUCGAUGACAAUCAGCAGAUAAUGCUUCUGUUGUUGAGUCACGGCGCCGAUGUAAAUGCUCAGGACACGGAACAAUGGACACCGUUACACGCAGCUGCAUGCUGUGCGCAUAUCAAUGUCGUGAAGAUCCUCAUUGCUCAUGGUGCCAAUCUGUUAGCCGUGAACGCGGACGGUAAUAUGCCCUACGAUAUUUGCGAUGACGAGACCACCCUGGAUGCCAUUGAAAGUGAAAUGGCCGCCCGAGGCAUCACCCAGGCCUACAUUGACGAUCAGCGUGGUGCUCCUGAAAAGGCGAUGUUAGACGACAUGAAAAGCCUCCAUCAACAGGGCUUCCCGCUUGAUGCACGCCAGCCGGAUGGAUCUACUUACCUGCACACUGCCGCUGCCAACGGCUAUUACGACGUUGCCGCGUUUUUGUUACGAUGCGGAGUACCUGCUACUUCACGAGAUAAUGACUUAUGGCAACCGGUGCAUGCUGCAGCUUGCUGGGCGCAACCAGACUUGGUGGAGUUAAUUUGUGAGUACGGUGGCGACAUCAAUGCAAAAACAAGCAGCGGUGAAGCUCCUUUAGACCUGUGCGAGGAUGAGACCACUCGCGCGGUCAUCGCCACCAUGCAGCAACAAGAAGCCCGAAAGAAGCGAAUGGCAUUCGGAGUGCGCGACAGUCGGCGACAAAGCAGACGGCGGAAGAAGUUCGAAUCACCGCAACAAGUUGCCACCGGUGGCGACAAUCCGUUCUCGGCUCGAGGCGCCAUUCGACGUCUUUCGUUACGUGAUCGAAGUGGGUUGGCACCUGCAAGGAUCGAAGCACAGAAAGAGGGUGCUGACAUUAUACGGUCUUGGUCAAAGGAAGACGUCUCAUCAGAUGUCAACACAAUGCCACCACCGUUGCACGGCAAUCGCGACUCUCCCAACAAACGAGUUCUUAAA